AUGGGCAAGUCAAACAGCAAAGAGAAAGUGCAAGUUCCAGCAAAUAAAUUGGUACCAUGCUUUGAUUUGAAAGUGGAGCAAGAAAAAACGAACAUUGGGUUUAUUUCUCUUGAGAAUAUUUGCAUUAAUGGGAGGAACGUGACAGGUAUUAUUUCCGUGGAGAACUUUGAUCAAAACGAGGAAAACUGGGAGGUGAAGGUUCGAUUCACUUUGAAUUCGUGGAAUUCGUACAACGAUGAAGCUUGUGAAUGUGUCGAGGAGGAACCAGACUCGAAAAUGGAUGAUCGGAAGCGAUUCAAGUUUGUAAUAAACGUGCCCGUUGGCAUGACUCUCGAAUGUGCGAUUUGCUGUGGAAAUGCAAUGAAUGGGACUGAGUUUUGGGAUAAUAACAACGAAAAAAAUUAUAAAUUUACUGAUAUGGUCUCGUCUGUGUCAUAA